AUGGAUUGUUUCAAGAUGUGUCCUAAUAAAAUAAGAUAUGUCUUAUGUACUGAAAGUGGUGGUGUUGAUAAUAUUAGAUUUAGUCCACAAGAUAUUAUCAAUUACUUAACUGAAAAGAGACACAAAAAUAUUGCAGUUGCAAAGGUAUUUCCAAAGGUUAAUCGUCAUUUUUGCAUGUGGUAUAUUGAGAAAAAAGUUCCUGAGUACUUGAAUCGUGUCUAUCACGAACAUGGUGAAUUUAAAAAUCAAUUUUACAAGGGCAUCCACCAAUCUACCACUGUUGAAGAAUUUGAUUCUGAUUGGGAAGCAAUGAUAGAUAAAUAUGGAUUACAAGAUAAUCAGUGGCUAAACAAGAUAUUCUCCAUUCGAGAAAAAUGGAUUCCCGCUUAUGUAUGUCACAAUUUUUGUGCAGGAAUGUCUAUCACUCAAAGGAGUGAAAGUAUGAAUAAAUAUUUUAAGGAUUUUUUGAAUUCAAGUACUCCAUUAAGCGAAUUUGUGACACAAUAUGAAAAAGCUCUUGAUGCACGUUACAACAAGGAAAGAGAAAAGACUUUCAAAACAAGAAAUUCAAAGCCACUUUUACGAACUUUAUAUCCCAUGGAAGAAGAAGCUUCAAAAAUUUAUACAAGAAAAAUGUUUAGAAUAUUUCAAGAUGAGUUGGUUGGUUCUCAAUUAUUUAUCACAGAAAAGGUUAAGUUUUCUAUUGAAGUUUCAACGUAUAAAGUUCGUGAAAUUUACAAAGAGAAGCCUAUCUACUAUGUGAAUUUUCAUGUCACUUCAAAAGAAGCAAAUUGUAGUUGUCACAUAUGGUCUAUUAAUGAUAAAAAAGAAAAAGUAAAAGAAGUGGCAAUUGAAGGAUUUCAAGAAGGAAGUAACAACGCUUCUGACACUUCAUUGUUUAAUAGUAUUAUGGUUCACUUCCUCGAACUAUCAGAAAGAGGUUCACAAUCUGAAAAAUAUUACGAUAUUGCAAUUCAAAGUUUGCAAAAUGGAAUUGCAAAACUUGAUUUAUUGGAUAUUGAAGAAUCAAAUAAGGAGUUUGUUAAUUCAACAUCUGAAUAUAUACCAAAAGUAUCUGAAGCUAAUAUAGCUUUGCAUGACCCUCGACUUGUAGCAACUAAAGGACGUCCGCGGACUUUGCGAAUGAAAAGCAGUUUGGAGAUGGUCAGAAAAGGUUUCUCUACUUGUAGUUAUUGCAUGAAAAAUGGUCAUACUAAGCCUAAAUGUCCAACUUUAAAUCAAACAAGGUGA